CCAUGUCACAGAUCGAUCAGCUGCUGGAAAUGAUAUAAAAGCAAGAGAGAGCACCUACAGAUACAUCAGUGAGAUAUAUCACACACUCAUCAUGACCUUCACCAUCUUCUCCAUCACCUGUCUUGCCCUGGUGGCCUCUGCUCUGGGUUGUGGAGUCCCUGCGAUUAAACCGCAGACGAUCGGCAGCAGGAUUGUGAACGGACAGAAUGCCAUCUCUGGUUCUUGGCCCUGGCAGGUCUCUCUCCAGCUCCCCAGUAGAUUCCACAUCUGCGGAGGAUCCUUGAUCAAUGAGAACUGGGUUCUCACUUCUGCCCAAUGCGCUGUCGUUGCUGACUAUCAUAGUGUCAUUCUUGGAGAACAUAAUCGUGUCUCCAAUGCUGAACGCAUCCAGGUCAAACCAGUUUCCAAGGUCAUCACCCAUCCGCUGUACGACAUGGAAACCUUCGACAAUGACAUUGCUCUGCUGAAACUGUCGUCUCCAGUCACAUUCACUCCUCGUAUCUCUCCUGUAUGCCUGGCCGAAUCAAACGCCAGCAUCGUGCCUGGAACCCGCUGCUUCACCACUGGCUGGGGUAAAACGGGCACCACAUCAAACCCUAUGAUCCUGCAGCAAACAAGCAUACCUAUCAUAAGUCCUGCUGUCUGCAGGCAGUUGUGGGAUCCGAGCACAAUCACUGAUGCCAUGAUCUGUGCUGGAGCCUCUGGUUCCUCGUCUUGCCAGGGUGAUGCUGGUGGUCCUCUGGUGUGUGAGAGUUCAGGGGUCUGGACACUGGUGGGCUCUGUGUCUUGGGGAAGAAGCACUUGUGACCCCCGUUUCCCUGCAGUUUACACCAACAUCUCCAAAUUGCACUCUUGGAUCAAUGAGACAAUUUCUUCCAACUAGAUCACCAGUCUGAAUAUU